CGUCUGGUACUUUUGACAGUUCCAGACAGGUCGCGCGUUGUCGCGCGUGCAGAAAGCGAGCCGAAGCUUCCAGAAGUCCCGCGUUACGAGCGACCGGUCGUUAAACCCCUCGAAGCGCGGCGAAUCUCUAACCGGAAAAGUGAUCAGCCAAACGAAGAGAGGCGAGGACCCCGGCAUGGCCGCGAUACGCGCGGCGACGUCUUUCGACGCGUCUCGCACCUGACUACGCGCGCUCCCAUCCGGACGGGGAUAUGUAAAUCGGUCGGCGCGCGACAUGACGGUCCCUCGGCCUGCCUAACCUCGAAGCCUCUCCCUAGAGGAGAGCUCGCGAGUCUACCGGGCGAGUCGAUGCCCCGCUGAAAUAUGGGAGUGCCUGCCAGGGGAGCGCUCGCGACUAUCGUGGCCGCGACCGCCCUCGCCGUCUACCUCAACAGCCUCGGCUGCGGCUUCGUCUUCGACGACAUUUCCGCUAUCAAGGACAACCGCGACCUACGGCCGCAUACGCCUCUUAAGAAUGUUUUCUACAACGACUUCUGGGGCACGCCGAUGCACAAGGAACAAUCGCACAAGUCGUAUAGGCCUCUCUGUGUUCUCACAUUCCGUUGGAAUUACUUGAUCCACCAGUUGGAUCCUAUGGGAUACCAUUUACUUAAUGUAAUCCUUCAUGUGGGAGUGUGCUUACUUUACUUCAGGAUCUGCUUGAUGUUCUUGCCGGAUUCCGCAAGUUUUGUGUCUGCACUUCUCUUUGCUGUACAUCCUAUACAUACAGAAGCAGUCACCGGUGUCGUCGGAAGAGCCGAAACUUUGUCCUCCUUGUUCUACUUAGCUGCUCUCAUUACUUAUACAAGAUGUUGCAGAAACAAGAGACACACCGGCUGGUGGUUUCUUAUACUGUCAAUGUUCUUCGUGUUCACGGCCAUGUUGUGCAAGGAACAAGGCAUCACGGCGACCGCGGUUUGCGUUCUCUACGAGAUCUUUGUCGUACAAAAGGUGCGAGCUUUGGAUAUUUUCUUGGCAGUGAAGUCAGCCUUUGGCGGCAAGAAGAUCUCACUCACUUGGUCAGGUGAAGGUACAAAACGACUGAUGGCUCUCACGCUCGUUACAUUUUGUCUGCUGAUCCUCAGACUGCACGUAAUGGGCUCGAAGUUACCCGUAUUUACAAGAUUCGAUAAUCCAGCGUCUGUAGCGUCGACACCGACAAGACAAUUAACGUACAAUUAUCUCGUCGCCGUCAAUUUGCGCCUGUUGUUUCUGCCGAUCGACUUGUGUUGCGACUGGACAAUGGGGACGAUUCCGUUGGUCGACGGUUUCCUCGACCCCAGGAAUCUGGCGACAAUAGUCACUCAUGUCACGAUCAUCGGUUUGCUGGUGACUGCUAUCUUCACUCGCAGCAGGCAAACCUCCGUCGUGCUAAUAAUGAGUUUGGCCAUGAUGAUACUUCCAUUCCUGCCAGCGUCUAAUCUGUUCUUCCCGGUUGGAUUUGUCAUCGCUGAGAGAGUCCUGUAUGCGCCUUCCAUGGGGUUCUGCUUAAUCGUUGGCUAUGGGUGGAGCAUCCUCUCCGAGAAAAACCACAAGAAGUUGUCCUUGGUGCUCUUGUUGACGCUGUUGACCGCCCACGCCACGAAGACGUUCAUGAGGAACUACGACUGGCUGGACGAGUACUCGAUAUUCAUGUCCGGCUUGAAAGUGAACGAUCGCAACGCCAAGCUGUUUAAUAACGUCGGGCACGCUUUAGAAAGUCAGGGUCGCUUCAAGGAAGCCUUGAACUUCUUCAACAUGGCGGUGCAGGUCCAGGGCGACGACAUCGGGGCUCACAUCAACGUCGGCAGGACCUACAAUCAUCUGAAGAUGUUUAAAGAAGCCGAGGCCGCUUACUUGAAGGCCAAGUCGCUGCUGCCGAAGGCUAAGCCUGGCGAGUCUUAUCAGGCACGAAUCGCCCCUAAUCAUUUAAAUGUAUUCGUCAACCUGGCCAACCUGAUAGCCAAGAACGCGACCAGAUUGGAAGAGGCGGAUCUGUUGUACAGACAGGCAAUUAGCAUGCGUGCCGAUUACACGCAGGCGUACAUUAAUCGAGGGGACGUCUUGAUCAAGCUGAAUCGCACGAAAGAGGCGCAAGAGGUUUACGAGCGGGCUCUCUUUUACGACAGCAACAACCCCGAUAUCUACUAUAACUUGGGAGUCGUUUUCCUGGAACAAGGGAAAGCUUCCCAGGCUCUGGCGUACUUGGACAAGGCGCUGGAAUUCGAUCCGGAACACGAGCAAGCUCUUCUGAACUCGGCGAUACUUUUGCAAGAACUUGGCAGAGCGGAGCUGAGGAAAGUUGCCAGGGAGAGGCUCCUGAAGUUGCUGAGAAAAGACUCGAACAACGAGCGGGUGCACUUCAAUCUGGGAAUGCUGGCGAUGGACGAUCACGACAGCGGAAGUGCGGAGCGCUGGUUCCGCAACGCCGUCGCCCUGAAGGAGGACUUCCGGUCGGCUCUUUUUAAUCUAGCCCUGCUCCUGGCCGACGAACAGCGUCCCCUGGAAGCUGCACCCUUCCUGAACCAGCUCGUCCGGUUUCAUCCCGACCACGUGAAAGGACUGAUCCUGCUGGGCGACAUCUACAUCAACAAUAUCAAGGACUUGGACGCUGCGGAAAAUUGCUACCGGAGGAUCCUGCAGCUGGACCCGGCGAACAUCCAGGGUCUGCACAACCUCUGCGUGGUGAUGGUGGAGCGAGGGAAACUAGGUCUGGCUGCGCAAUGUCUGGAGCGAGCAGCCGCCCUGGCGCCGCACCAGGACUACGUCCACCGACACCUGGCCAUCGUGAAGGCUCGCAUCAACCGGCUGCCGCCGGACCAGCGGGACACCGAGGUCUUCGACGACUCCUUCUGGAACGGCAACCCUCGAGAGGGUAAUCCCGAGGGUAACAGGCAAUUCCUGAUAAAGACAGACUCUAUUUUCUCCAACCACGCGGUCAUUCGCAACCACGCAGCCGCUUCUCCGAGCAACGCCGACCCCACGACCGGAGGUCGCGUCGUGCACCUGAAGGCGACCUCGAAGACGACGAGACCUGGCCAGGAGUUGGAGGCCCAGGAGAGGCUGGAGCAAGUUCUUCCUGCCGGGGCCAUCGCCGACUCCUCCACCUCCGACGCUGUCUUCGUCGCCGAGGACAUCGUCAGGGCCGACGUCAGGGACCUUGAGAUCCCAAGACUCAGCUCGGACCAGAUGAACCGGACCGCCCCCACCCUCGUCGACGCAGAACGCGUCAGGAACAUCCAGAAGACGAGGAACAGAGCGUUGUAAGAAUAUUCACCAGGACCCUACCGGGAUCUUUGCAGGGAAAGAUGCGGACGUGCGUGUUUGGGACGACAGGCGGGGGCUUCGUAGUGAUUUCAAUUGUUUAUGAAAUUGAGAGGGAUAUGGCGCGAUUGUUGACAAUCGACAUCAGGGAAAACGCGUGUUUUUACGUAUUUAAGCAGAUGCGAAGGGGGCAUAUAAGUCAAUCGUUGAAACUUUUCUUCGAACUGGGUAUAUCGAAUCGUUUCGGAGUCCACCACUUGAACGUAGAGGCUGUAAAGAAGGUUCUGACACCGAUGAAAUUUUAUUUUUUGUAAAAAAAAAAAUAGUAAAUGUCUAUAAACAAAUGUAAAGAAAAAAUUUAAAUUUUGUAGGUAUCAGGACCUUCCGUAGUGUUUAUAUAUUCAUGUGGUAAAUUUUUAAACGGUUGGUACCCCUCUUCGGAGACAAGUUUUAUAUAUAAUUCUAACUCCUCUUUCGCUUAACCUUAAUUUCGUAUAAGAAGGUAUCCAGUAUCGUUUUCCGUUGAAAUGUGUUUUUCAUAUUUAAAUAUUCAAAAAAAUACACGCAGCAACGCCUUGAGGGAAAAAACACGAACGUGUGCAUCUGGCCUAAAGCUCCGCUCGCAGUAACAACUGGGUUACGGCGACAUAGUCGUAUAGUGCUGAUGUGUGAAUAUAAAUGAAAUACAGAGUAUUGUUUUAUAUGCUGUAUAAAUAGGACGUUUUAUAAAAUAUAUUUGAAAGUCG